AUGAUGGCCCAUAAGCUGAGUCCUGACCACCGGUCACCGCCCCUGCGUAGCGAGUACUUCGCCCUCGUCAUUCGUCAAGGCGCAGCGCAGCCGCCGCUGGCGGCCAGAGAUGGCGCGUCGCGGUGUACAGCUCCUGGUGGCACGGGGGAUCUCCUCGUCGCCGUGCCUGUCUCGGAGGAUCAAGCAAACAGUCAGUACCAGAAACCAAAAAGUGAGAUUGUUCGGAUGUUUCAUCCUCCAGUUCGUCAGAGUGAGGAAGCAAUAGCAACCAUUGUGCCAAGAUACACACAUUCUGUGCGUGUCUUGGAUGAGAGGUUCAUUAGGAUCCUGAAGAUAUUCAAGUGGGGCCCUGAUGCUGAGAAGGCACUGGAGGUUCUCAUGCUUAGAGUUGAUCACUGGUUGGUACGGGAGGUUAUGAAAACUGACAUUGGGGUCAACGUGAAGAUGCAGUUCUUUAGAUGGGCUGCAAAGCGGAGGAAUUAUGAGCAUGACACAUCCACUUACAUGGCAUUGAUACGUUGUUUGGAAGUAGUGGAGCAGUAUGGUGAGAUGUGGAAGAUGAUCCAAGAAAUGGUACGGAACCCCAUUUGUGUUGUCACCCCAACAGAGCUUUCAGAGGUAGUUCGGAUGCUGGGGAAUGCUAAGAUGGUCAGCAAGGCAAUUGCAAUCUUCUACCAGAUCAAAACGCGGAAGUGUCAGCCAACUGCGCAGGCAUAUAACAGCAUGAUAAUAAUGUUGAUGCAUGAGGGCCAAUAUGAGAAAGUCCAUGAACUAUACAAUGAGAUGAGCACUGAGGGUCAUUGCUUCCCAGACACUAUGACAUACAGUGCACUUAUUUCUGCUUUUUGCAAACUAGGUCGCCGUGAUUCAGCAAUUCAGUUGUUGAAUGAGAUAAAGGAGAACGGAAUGCAGCCAACUACUAAGAUAUAUACAAUGUUAAUAGCUUUGUUUUUCAAAUUCGAUGAUGUUCAUGGAGCAUUGAGUUUGUUUGAAGAGAUGAGGCAUCAGUAUUGCCAACCGGAUGUAUUUACUUACACUGAGUUGAUCAGGGGCCUUGGUAAAGCUGGAAGAAUAGAUGAAGCAUAUCACUUCUUCUAUGAAAUGCAGCGAGAAGGCUGCAGGCCAGACACAGUUGUUAUGAAUAAUAUGAUAAAUUUCUUAGGCAAGGCUGGUCGUUUGGAUGAUGCUAUGAAGUUGUUUCAGGAGAUGGGAACAUUGCGGUGCACUCCUAGUGUAGUGACAUACAAUACUAUCAUAAAAGCACUUUUUGAAUCAAAAUCUCGUGCUUCUGAGGUUCCAUCUUGGUUUGAGAGAAUGAAGGAAAGUGGAAUCUCCCCCAGUUCAUUCACCUAUUCUAUCCUGAUUGAUGGAUUCUGCAAAACCAACAGGAUGGAGAAGGCCAUGAUGCUACUGGAGGAGAUGGAUGAAAAGGGUUUCCCUCCAUGUCCAGCGGCAUAUUGCAGCCUGAUUGAUGCUCUUGGAAAAGCUAAGCGCUAUGAUCUUGCUUGUGAGCUUUUUCAGGAACUAAAGGAAAAUUGCGGCUCGUCCAGUGCUCGGGUAUAUGCAGUUAUGAUUAAACACUUAGGAAAGGCUGGACGGCUUGAUGAUGCUAUAAAUAUGUUUGAUGAAAUGAACAAACUUGGUUGUGCUCCUGAUGUUUAUGCGUACAAUGCUCUCAUGUCCGGAUUAGCAAGAACGGGCAUGCUUGAUGAAGCUCUUAGUACAAUGAGAAGAAUGCAAGAACAUGGGUGUAUUCCUGAUAUCAAUUCAUACAAUAUUAUCCUUAACGGGCUGGCAAAAACAGGAGGACCUCAUCGUGCAAUGGAGAUGCUUUCUAACAUGAAACAAUCUAAAGUAAGACCUGAUGUUGUCUCUUAUAAUACUGUCCUUGGUGCCUUGAGUCAUGCUGGCAUGUUUGAGGAGGCAGCAAAGCUGAUGAAAGAGAUGAAUACAUUGGGGUUUGAGUAUGAUCUUAUUACAUAUUCGUCUAUACUUGAAGCUAUUGGAAAGGUUGAUCAUGAAUAUACUGGCCAAGGUUGCUGA